UCCUGCGUCGGAAGUGAGCGCUGCGCGACGGAAGCGGCUACAGAGGCGGCCUCGUGGAGAAGCAGGCAGCAUGGGGCAGUCUGGACGGUCCCGGCACCAGAAGCGCGCUCGCGCCCAGGCGCAGCUCCGCAACCUCGAGGCCUACGCCGCACAGCCUCACUCGUUCGUGUUCACGCGAGGCCGCGCAGGUCGCAGUGUCCAGCAGCUCAGCCUGGAUGUACGGCGGGUCAUGGAGCCCCUCACCGCCACCCGCCUGCAGGUUCGAAAAAAGAACUCCCUGAAGGACUGUGUGGCAGUGGCUGGCCCCCUUGGGGUCACACACUUUAUCAUUUUGAGCAAAACGGACAGCAGUGUAUACUUGAAGCUGAUGCGCCUCCCAGGCGGCCCCACUCUGACCUUCCAGAUCAAUAAGUACACACUAGUGCGGGAUGUUGUCUCUUCCUUACGCCGGCACCGGAUGCAUGAGCAGCAGUUCAACCACCCGCCCCUCCUGGUGCUCAACAGCUUCGGGGUCCAGGGCAUGCACGUCAAGCUCAUGGCCACCAUGUUCCAGAACCUGUUCCCGUCCAUCAACGUGCAUACGGUAAACCUGAACACCAUUAAGAGAUGCCUCCUCAUUAACUACAACCCCGACUCCCAGGAGCUGGACUUCCGACACUACAGCAUCAAAGUGGUUCCAGUCGGGGCAAGCCGGGGCAUGAAGAAACUUCUGCAGGAGAAGUUUCCCAACAUGAGCCGAUUGCAGGACAUCAGUGAGCUGCUGGCCUCGGGUGUGGUACUGUCAGAGAGUGAGGUAGAGCCAGAUGGAGAACACAAUAUCACAGAGCUGCCCCAGGCUGUGGCCGGACGUGGGAACAUGCAGGCCCAGCAGAGUGCCAUCAGACUUACAGAGAUCGGGCCCCGGAUGACACUGCAGCUCAUUAAGAUCCAGGAGGGUGUUGGAAACGGCAAUGUCCUCUUCCACAGUUUUGUGCACAAGACGGAGGAGGAGCUGCAGGCCAUCCUGGCAGCAAAGGAGGAGAAGCUACGGCUCAAAGCACAACGUCAGAACCAACAGGCUGAGAACUUGCAGCGCAAGCAGGAACUUCGGGAGGCCCACAAGAAAAAGAGCCUGGCAGGCAUGAAGCGGGCCCGUGCAAAGGCUGACGGUGACAGUGAUGCUGAGGACCCAGGGGCACCUCCAGAGGCAGAGGGGGCCGGCCAGCUUGAGGAAGAUGAGGACGAUGCUGAGUAUUUUCGCCAGGCUGUGGGCGAGGAGCCUGACGAAGACCUGUUCCCCAGAACGGCCAAGCGGAGACGGCAGGGAGGGCCUCAGGGCAAGAAGCAAAGAGGGAAGGAGCAGAGGCCUGGCUUGGGCCGAGGUCAGGGUGGCAACUGGCGGCCUCCAAAGCUGCAGGGUCGAUCCCAAAGAGUCAAGACCAAGCCGGGACCCAGAGCCACACGCCGGGACAGGGGUCCAACACCAAGGCGAGGAACUUGAAGCUGCCUCACUGCCUCGCAGUGGAUGGACCAUGGAUGCCCCAGAUUGGGGCCCGGGAUCUGCUUGGGCUCCAGCGCAGCCCGGUUUCCUUUUAUAAAGGAACUGUCCACUUCCUUUCUCCAAUAAACCUGACUUUUUUUUUU